CCGCUGCUAACGGCAGCUGCUUGCAAGAGAGCAUUCGCCCUCGUUCGUAAAAUCUUCCGCCUUGAGUAGAACUUCUGUCGCGUAUUCUGCUAGCAUGGCGCCGUCGUACUCGCCGGAGCCGGAGCCGCCGUUCCGGCCGAGGGAAAAGAUAGUAAAGAUGCAGAGGUACUUCCAGAGCGUGCACAGGCCGACGUACUUCAAGGGGCGCUACGACGUGAUCACCUCCGUCGCCAUCCCUCUCGCCCUGGCCGCCUCCAGCAUGUUCCUCGUCGGGCGCGGGAUCUACAACAUGUCCCACGGCAUCGGGAGGAAGGAGUGACCAUUUUGGGGUACCGAUUGAAGCCCUCUCUUCUGUGUCGUCUAACACCUAAGAGCCCAUGUACAGUUGUGUGUGUACGUACCUUUGUGAAGUGAAAGCAGUGUACUAAAGUGUUGGAUUCAGAUGGGAGUUGUCGCCUA